CCAAGGCUGCGUUCGUUUUAUAUUUCAUUAACGUCGAGUAGCCAAAAUAGACCGGACUCCGAUUCACGGAGAUACGGGUAUACGGCAAGGUUGGUCCUCAUCUCGUCACGACGGAAUAACCGAGGACGGGCUAACGGGGGGGCAGAGAUUAAAUACUCCCACGGAGCUGCCGAGCUCUCAGUAUCUACAUACGCCGUCUCCUUUGCAGAUUACUGCAGUUCCGACUCGUCGACAACAUCAAACUACAGGGCAAUCCAAUAAGAGCCGUGAUAUGCAGAUACCACGUAAAUUGUUCUCGCCAAAUUUGGCAGUACUGGUGCUCAUGUUGAGCGGUGGAAUCGUUGCACUUCCGACCGAAGCAGGCGAUAACGAAACAAUUUCUGUAAACGCGACUUCGAUGGAAGCUCCUUGUCCCGGAAUACCGAGGAGCUAUUACGAUCAACUGGGCUGCACACCAGUGUUCAAAAAACCCGAGGACAGAUGCCCCGUUCGUUAUACAUGCGAUGAUUUCGAGCAAAGCGAUGUGGAGAAGUGCUUCUUCCGCGGGAAAUCCGUGGCACCUGGUACCAGCAUCGAUACCGGAAACCCCUGCGACAUUGCCUGCUCUUGUCACCUGCAGGAACUUGCUCCUGAAUACAAUCUCACAAAAAUGGCCGUCGUUAAUUGCGCAAUUGUCGAUUGUCCGCUAGAGAUGAUGUCCAAUUACGACGAAGACGGAAAUCUAAGGCCAUGCGUGCCGAAAAAAAGUCACGACGAAUGCUGCGCCAGCGAAACUGUCUGCUUCGCUGACGCCGAAGACGAGGUUGAUGACAAUACAGCAAAAGAAUCCGUGGCAGAAGGGAAAGAGAUUAAUGUAGUAAAUACGACGGCGAAAGUGCCGACGAAGUUGGCAAAAUGCGUAACUGCCGACAACAGAACUUACGUGGAAGGCCAAGAAUUUUAUUUAGAUGACCUGCCGUGUAAAGUCUGCAUCUGUCAGCCCGGGUACACAGCCGGAGAGUCUGGAGAACCAUGGUGCCAGGAUGUUCGUUGCAGAACCGUCUUAGAACAUACGAGGGAUAUUCGACAAGGAUGUGUUCCUCUCUACUACGGCAACACAGGCUGCUGCCCCUUCGGUUUCCACUGCCCGAAUGAAAACGACACGGUGACAUCGGAUGUACUCGUGAAAAUCGCGCUGAAUCCAGACGAGACUUGUAAAUUUGGAGAGUUGAACCUGAGGGUUGGUGACCGAGUCACGCCCAGGGAAUCGGAAAAAUGUAUAGAAUGCAAGUGCCAGGUUCCGCCCUACGUGACAUGCCUUCGGAAAACGUACGAAGAGUGCAGCUAGACUGGAAAUAUUUAAAAAUAUCAAUUAACGUCCGAGGCUGACCAGCCAAAUUAAUCUGGCUAGUAUGGAAAAUGAGAAAAUCUAAUCUACGAACCACCGGUACAUAGAAAAGGAACAAGUAUUACCAUUGGAGGAUAGCCAAAGAAAUAUUUCAGCCAUCAUUAUUUUAUCUGACGUCUUUCGUCAUUUUUGCCUUUGGUACAAAAAAAAAAAAAAAAAAAAAUUGUGCAAAAUAAGAAUGAUUUUUGAUAUGUAAGUGUUUUUACGUGUACAGUGUAAACUCAUUUAUAAUAUGACAUACAAACGAGGACAUUCAUGGUAUUUGAGAAUCUGUUACGAAUGAUUGUAAUCCGUUGUGCAUUAGGCGAAUGAGAAAAUAUAAGAAAUUAAGUAAAAGAAAAAUAAAAGUGUUAUUGAUUAAUUUACACCGACUGCUUUAAUAGCGAUACUUACAAGCUAUUUACACGAAUGGAUUUACAGAUUCAUAUUAGACAUAGUAUACCUACGUGCUAUAAUUUCUUAAUUUCACGACCGCUGUAUACAACCAAUCGUUGGGUAUGUAAUCGUAUUUUAUAUAAUAGAUUGAUGCACAGCACCAACUAAUCGCAUCUAUAUCGAUGCCGCGUACGCUGCAGAAAUACUUAUUUUAUGUAGAUGAUAAAUGAUCAGAUAUCAAUAUUUGGAUAAAUAGCGUAAAUAAAUAUUACACA